CAGAAUAAAAAAUACAGCUUAUCCAGCUUUCUCUCCAUAAUUCAUAAGUCCAUCAUGAACAAACUGCAAUCAAUUUUAUACCAUUUGCCUCUUGUUUGGAACUAUCCAAAUCAGAAGCUAGUAUGAAUGACAUUCCUUUUCCAGACUCUACUAAAAUAGGAUCAGAACCGAACCUAAUUACAGCACUAUAUGCUAUUCUCUUUAUCUAUGACAUACAGCCAUUUUCCAGAUAGUCAAGAGACCUCAGAAAAAUCAAACCUGUUUUUUCUAUUAGACAAAAAGUGUUAUAUUCCUUCUACGAUAGUAUAUCACUUAAUGACCAUGAAUCAGAGAAAGUUAUAUUAGAAGACCUUUUAAUUAUAACAUUUACUCUGAGGUUCAUUUAAGUUUCAGAUUUAACUGUUUUCUCUCUGACUUUUCUUUUAUUUGCAGGUCCUCUUGAUUAUAAACAACUCCUCUCCUGGUGCUACAACAAUGAGUGGGAAAUCCCUGCUCUUAAAGGUCAUUCUCUUAGGUGAUGGUGGAGUUGGGAAAAGCUCACUUAUGAAUCGCUAUGUAACCAAUAAAUUUGACUCCCAGGCUUUUCACACCAUAGGGGUAGAGUUCUUAAAUCGAGAUCUGGAGGUAGAUGGGCGUUUUGUAACACUCCAGAUAUGGGACACGGCAGGGCAGGAACGUUUCAAGAGCCUUCGGACACCUUUCUACAGGGGAGCAGACUGCUGCCUCUUGACCUUCAGUGUGGAUGACCGACAGAGCUUUGAGAACCUUGGUAACUGGCAGAAAGAAUUCAUCUACUACGCAGAUGUGAAAGACCCUGAGAACUUCCCUUUUGUAGUUCUUGGUAACAAGGUAGACAAAGAGGAUAGGCAAGUAACUACUGAGGAGGCACAAGCCUGGUGCACGGAGAAUGGGGACUACCCUUAUCUAGAAACAAGUGCCAAAGAUGAUACUAAUGUGACUGUGGCCUUUGAAGAAGCUGUCAGGCAGGUGCUGGCUGUAGAGGAACAACUGGAGCAUUGCAUGUUAGGUCACACUAUUGAUUUGAAUAGUGGCUCCAAAGCAGGAUCUUCAUGCUGUUAAAAAUAGAAAGCCUUUGAAAACUGUCUUCCAAAUUGGUCAGUAGUGUAAGAAUAACCAUGUCUCUGUAAGAAUGUGUGAGCGCAUACAUGCAUA